AUGAGACUGCUGGCUCUGCUGCUGCUGCUGGUGGGAGCUGCUGUGGCAGUUCCGCGGGAGGAGGGCAAGAUCAUUGGUGGGCGGGAGUGUGAGCCUCAUUCUCGUCCCUACAUGGCCACUCUUAACUACGGAUACCACUUCUGCGGAGGGGUGCUCAUCAAUGACCAGUGGGUGCUCUCUGUGGCCCACUGCUGGUACAAUCCUUAUGCCAUGCAGAUCAUUGUGGGAGAACACGACCUCCGCGUGGCUGAGGGAACAGAGCAGCUCAUGAAAACAGACACCAUCAUUUGGCAUCCGAGUUAUGACUACCAGACCCUGGACUAUGACAUCAUGCUGAUCAAACUCUUUCACCCGGUGAAGGUCACGAAGGCAGUCGCCCCCAUCUCUCUGCCCACAGGGUGCCCCUUCGAGGGCCUGCUCUGCUCUGUGUCGGGCUGGGGCAAGACUUCGACUGAGGACGGAGCCGCCUUACCCACACGCCUGCAGUGCCUGGACGUCCCGGUCCUGAGCGACGCCCAGUGUGAGAAGGCCUAUCCAGGGAUGAUCUCCAGGAGGAUGUUGUGUGCUGGCUACUUAGAUGGAGGCCGGGAUGCAUGCAAUGGCGACUCGGGCAGCCCUCUGGUGUGUUACGAGGAGGUGCACGGUCUGGUGUCGUGGGGGCAGGGCUGCGCUCUGCCAAACUAUCCAGGAGUCUACGUCAAAGUGUGCGAGCUCCAGCCCUGGAUCGAGGAGACACUGCAGGCCUACUCUUAG